AUGAAUAAUUUAUUGAUAUAUCCUUAUCCAACUUAUAUUCCAAAUCGAGUUGUUGCAGGUUCUGUUGCUGGUGUAGCAUGUAUUUCACUCAUUGCUUGGUUUAUUCAAUCAUGUCAACUUCGUUUUCGACCACCUCGUAUAUGCAUUCUUCUUCUAAUUUCGCAUCUAACUAUUUUUCUUGAACUCAUCGUUCGUGCAGUAGUUGAUCCACAAGAACAAAAUUCGAAAACUGUUUUUACUGUUCUUAAUAGUCUGUUUGCUAUUGGUCAACGCAUGAUUAUUGUUAGUAAUUUUGCUUUUGUUAUGGAAAUUCAUCAUGAAAAAUCACGUCGUUCACGUGCUAUUCUUCUCGGUGCUAUUUUAUGUGUUGUUACAUCUGGUAUUCUAAUGGCACCAGCUAAUAUGCUUUCAUUCAAUUCUGAUCAAAUUAAAACAAGUUUUAUUUUUCGAGAAUUAUCUUCAUCAAUCUUACUUACAGUAACUCUUCUUUUCUAUCCAGUAUGGUUUUGGAGUAAAACAAUAAAUGAUAUGAAAAUAAAAGCUAUUAUUUUAAUGUCUGUUUCAAGCACAAUGUGUAUCAUAGUUGCUGCCUUCAACGUAGCAGAAUCAACAUCAGAUUUGUAUACUGGAAUUAAUGAUAAUGAAAAAUGGUUUUAUGCAUUUCAAAUGGCACCUCUUAUAAUUGCUCAUUUUACAUGGUCUAUUUGUCAUCCAAAACGAAGUUUAAUAUCAUUACGUACAUUGAUAACUAAAACAAACAGUCAUACGACAUUAAUAGAAGAAGAAAAUAUUCCUUUUUAA